AUGAUAAAUAAUGGCGCUUGCAAUGAAAUGGCUACCAAACAACAAGAAGUGGAUGUUUUAGAUAGUUGGGAAGAAAUAGAAGAGAAUGAUGUAUUGGAAAAGAAAUUAGGUAGCUUAAUAAUGCCCAGUAAAUCUUUAGAAGAAAGUAAUAUUGACCAACCAGUAAAGAUUGUUUUAACUGGAGAAGAUGCCUUAAGAUCUCAAUAUGUGCCUCCAGAACCUACAGUGAAGAUUCUAAAGAGGCCCUCCAAUAAUUCCCAGAAUGGCACAGAUCUGAAAGUGUACCAACCAAAAAAGACACUUCAGCAGAGAGAACAGGAGUAUGCUGAAGCUAGGUUACGAAUAUUGGGAGAGGCUCCACCAGAAAAAGUAGAAGUUACUAAAAUAUGUAUACAGAAACCUAGGGCUGGUGAAGUGUAUGUGAUAAGGAUGCCAAGAGGUCCAGAUGGUACAAAUGGUUUUAACAUAAGAAGAUAGUAUAGUUCCUAUAUCUUCAUUGUAUAUAUAUAUAUUAGCAUAUAAUUUCAUAUUAGGGGCAGCACAGCCUGUGUUUAUCUUGGAGGUAAUGUUCUCUAAACAAAUGGAUGAAAAUAAUUAUUUCCAGUCCAUACUUGGGCAUCAAAAAUUCACUGUAUGAUAUCUGUGUUGACAAUUCCUCAUAAAUGAAAUGCAUUUACCAGCAACGUUUCAAAAGAAAUGUUAACUUUAAUUGAUUUGAUAACAGCAAAUAAAUUAUCAGUGAAACAAGUUUAAAGGUAUGUCUUCUAAUAAACGUUGUUAAAAAAGGUAUUUUCAUAUAGGAUUGGGCUAGGUGGCAGGUUGAGCAUUAGUAUAAUACUGUUGCUCAGUGGCUGCACAUCAUUUUGUACCGAACUAAAAAACAUGACUAUGAACCUAAAUAUUUCAUAAUCAUUAUUUACUGUGAUCUAUCAAUAUUUAUCAUGGAAUGUGAUACAUUUGACAUUGUGGACUGGACAUCAGUAAUUGUUGAUGUAUCAGGUUAUGUAAGUAAUAAGUUGACAUUGUCAGAAUGAUCAAUGAAUACAGAUUGUAUGGACUAUAGUAAACACUGAUUGUGUGACUUCCGCUUCAGAUGGACACUGACAGGAAGCUAACUGUCUGUCAUUAUCCAGUUUUGUAUUGGUAAAUUAAUAGAUUAUAUAUUGCAUUUAUGCUAGAUAAUGUGCAUUUUAUCAAGCUUCUUGGAAUUUGUUUGGUAGUCAAUUUAUAAGAUCAACAUUUCCUUAACACAACAUGAAAUGUAGAUCAGUCCAUUUGAAAACAAAGUGAAAGGCAAAGACUUGAAUAUUGUUUUAUCUAUUGCUAAUUAAUUUUAUGGUGUCUCCUUAUUUAAUGAAUAAUGCACUCAUGAUGCUUCAAGAAUCUGUUGCCCCUAAAUUAGUGGCUUUUUACCCUAAUUUCAUACAGAUAAAGGGGGCAGCUACAGAGUUUGCCGAAUAUUUAUACCUAUUUGGUUAGCAAGCAAAUUUGGCUGACCCUGUAAUGUGUACGAGACAGAAGCGUGCAAUAUGUUAGAAAGAGUGCGCCGAUGGCGUCCGCGACCUCGUACUCGGGUUGCUAGGCAACGAGGUGCUUCUAUCACACGCGCUCUCUCUCUCUCUCUCUCUCUCUCUCUCUCGUACACAUUACGACUCGUUACACAUUUACAGUGACUGAUUACAUUUAAAAAAUUGACAAAACCCUUUGGUAAUAGUAGCACAAUAAUAACACUUAUUCACAAAGAUUAUGCUAUACUAUAGCUAUCAUCCUUGUGCCAAUAGCACAUGGACUGGGUUACUAUUUUGUACUUUGCAAGAGACUUGGGAACUUUUCCCGAAGUAUUAUCUAUAGAUAUUUGUAUAUUUUAUAGUAGUAUGGUCAUAUCGAACUAUCUCAUCUUAGAUCAGUUAUUUUAUCAUUGUGCAGGCACACAUUUUCAACCUUAAAAACAGAAGUAAGAGAUUGUAAGUGAUUUGUUGACUAAUAUCUGAUCUGCAACAACCAAAAAGUGUAUGCCCAACUGGAGGUGUUACAUUACAAUUUUAACAGUUUAAAGAGCUAGCUGAUGUUGAAGUUUGAUAUGUCAGGAUCCAGUUAUUAAACUUUAUUUUUUUCGUUGCAGAUUGUGGCUGAUUCAGCAAAUCGCGCUCUAUUUUUGCUGUAAUCAUAACUAUUAGUUAAUCAAUAUAUUUAUUUUUCAUAGCGCGCAGAUAUGCAUUUUUGAACUAACCCCAUGACUUCAUGUUAAUAAGUGCCUGGAAAAAUGAUGUACGCAAAAAAUUUGUAUAUAUUUUUGUAGUGAAAAAAACCUCUUAUGUGAAUGAGCAUUUUUUUACGAGUUUCAGUGGUUAGAUUCUUAAUUUAACAUAGGUGUAUAUUGUUUGUACAUAUACGUUAUAUUAGUGUUAUUACGAAUACAUUAAUCAAACUAGUUUUCUAUAUAUAAAAGUAUUGGAGUAAAUAUAUUUGUAAUUUAUUAUGGUUGUGCAAUUUUAGUGGAAAUAUAACGAUAAGAUAAG